UGAACUUACAGGGCUUAAGUCCUGGCAAAUCAUAGGUGGGGGAAAUGUCUGUACCAAGAUUCCAAAAAAUAAACUUUGGAACAUAUGAUAACUACAUUCCAGUCAGUGAAUUAAGCAAAAAAUCAUGGAAUCAGCAACACUUUGCCCUGAGAUUUCCCAAACCACCAAGGCCAGGAAAAAAAAGAAGAUCAAAACCAUCCCAACUACGAGACAAUGCAGUUCCUAUAUAUGAUUCAGAAAAAAUAAAAGAAGUUUCUAAGAGACCCUUAUGGAUGCACAGUUCUUUAAUGAGAAUUUCUGAGAGACCAUCUGAAUAUUUAGCUGCCAGGAGGCAGCGUCCAUAUAAACCCACCCAUCAGCCAAAAGAAGAUACUAAGGUAACAGAUGUAGAAAAACCUGUAUAUCCAGAAACACCUAAGAAAGGUAAAGAAGACAAGCAAGAAGACACGAAGGACAUAUCAGAGUCAGAAACAGAACCCACAGUUUUAAAGGAGCCAAAAAUAACUAAGAAAGAGUCAAAGAAAGAUAAAGAUAUAGAAACAGGAACUAGAGAUGAAAAAGAUGUUGCAAAAACAGAUGCCAAAAAAGAAAGAAAAGCUUCAAAGGAGGGUAAGGAGUCAGGUACAGAAUCUGAAGCUGAACAGAAAGAUGUCAAGAAAGAGAAGAAAGUCUCAAAGAAGGACAAGGAGUCAGGUACAGAAUCUGAAGAUGGAAAGAAAGAUGUCAAGAAAGAGAAGAAAGUCUCAAAGAAGGACAAGGAGUCAGGUACAGAAUCUGAAGAUGGAAAGAAAGAUGUCAAGAAAGAGAAGAAAGUCUCAAAGAAGGACAAGGAGUCAGGUACAGAAUCUGAAGCUGAACAGAAAGAUGCCAAGAAAGAGAAGAAAGCCCCAAAGAAGGGCAAGGAGUCAGGUACAGAAUCUGAAGCUGAACAGAAAGAUGUCAAGAAAGAGAAGAAAGUCUCAAAGAAGGACAAGGAGUCAGGUACAGAAUCUGAAGAUGGAAAGAAAGAUGUCAAGAAAGAGAAGAAAGUCUCAAAGAAGGACAAGGAGUCAGGUACAGAAUCUGAAGCUGAACAGAAAGAUGUCAAGAAAGAGAAGAAAGCCCCAAAGAAGGGCAAGGAGUCAGGUACAGAAUCUGAAGCUGAACAGAAAGAUGUCAAGAAAGAGAAGAAAGUCUCAAAGAAGGACAAGGAGUCAGGUACAGAAUCUGAAGCUGAACAGAAAGAUGCCAAGAAAGAGAAGAAAGCCCCAAAGAAGGGCAAGGAGUCAGGUACAGAAUCUGAAGCUGAACAGAAAGAUGUCAAGAAAGAGAAGAAAGCCCCAAAGAAGGGCAAGGAGUCAGGUACAGAAUCUGAAGCUGAACAGAAAGAUGCCAAGAAAGAGAAGAAAGCCUCAAAGAAGGACAAGGAGUCAGGUACAGAAUCUGAAGCUGAACAGAAAGAUGCCAAGAAAGAGAAGAAAGCCCCAAAGAAGGGCAAGGAGUCAGGUACAGAAUCUGAAGCUGAAAAGAAAGAUGACAAGAAAGAAAAGAAAGGCUCAAAGAAGGGCAAGGAGUCAGGUGCAGAACCUGAAGCUGAACAGAAAGAUGCCAAGAAAGAGAAGAAACCUUCAAAGAAGGACAAGGGAUCAGGUGCAGAAUCUGAGGAUGAAAAGAAAGAUGCCAAGAAAGAGAAGAAAGCUUCAAAGAAGGGCAAGGAGUCAGGUACAGAAUCUGAAGCUGAAAAGAAAGAUGCCAAGAAAGAUGCCAAGAAAGACAAGAAGGCCCCAAAGAAGGACAAAGGGUCUACAGAAUCUGAAGAUGCAAAGAAGGAUAAGGAUGGGAAAAAAGAUACAAAAAAAACAGGAGAGAAAGAUGACCAAUCGAAAGACAAGAAAGAUGCAAAGAAAAAGGGGAGUAAAAAAGGUAAGAAAGAUGAAAAGAAGGCCAGUGGGACAGAUACUGAAUCAAAGGAUGGUGCCAAAAAAGAUGCCAAGAAGGAUGCCAAGAAGGAUGCCAAGAAGGAUGCCAAGAAGGAUGCCAAGAAAGAUGUCAAGAAGGAUGCCAAGAAGGGCAAAUAAACCUUGAAUAAUAAUUCAAAAGCAUUUGAUAACAAUUGUAGUAGUCUGAAACUGAAUAUGAGUGACAAGGGAAUUCAAAGAAUCAAAUAAUUUUUUUUAAAUGGGGCAAAGAAGAAUAUAAAGCAAGACCCAGAAAAGCAUCAUAAAAUAUAAGAUAUGAAAAAUUAAAAGUGAUGAAUCAUUGAAGGACUCGGAUGAUACCUAUGACAAGUUUGGGGAUAUGAAAGAUUCAAUGAAAGAUCCCUAGAAAGGUUAAAGGAAGAAUAUUCAAAUCAGGAUGCAGAAGUUAAUGACACUGGAUCUGUGGAUGAAAAAACAGUAAUAAAAAAUAAACAAAUAAAUAAAGACUCCAAAAUAAUCCAAGGAGGCGGAUGUUCAAUCUACAGAAUCAAAUAGUCUGAAGCUGCAUCCACAGAUUUAAAUACCAUAGGUGUAAUGAGAGAAUCAAAAAAAAA